AUGGGGACAGGUGGCGGUGCUGCAGUGGUUAGGGAGCAGUGCUGUAGUGAGUUGAUGGUGACAAAAAAUGCUGGAGGCAGUGGUAGAAUUGGUUGCAUGCAGUGCUACACUGAGUUGGUGGUGAUGGGAAAUGCUGCAAGCGGCGACAAAACUGGUUGUAUGCAAAGGAGGAGCAGGUUGCAAUCGAAAAUAGUUAAUUUUCCCGCAAACUUAAGAAAACCUAUGCCAGUGCAUAUUGGAAAAGUUGGCAUUGGGACAAAGCCUGAGACCAAUGCAUAUGAAAGGCGACAAGCAUGGGGUGCAUCAUCGGAUAAGUCAUGA